AACCAACAAUCCUCAUUCACAACUUGGUAUCAAAACUUGCAUAGUACCAUCAUGGCUACAAACCUUCCAACUCAGAAACUAUCUUCUCUUGUUUCACUCAUCUUUCUCUUGUUAGCAACAAAUCUCAACUCAGCACAAGCAAUGUCCUUCAAUUUCACCAAACUCACCCAUAGUGAUUCUAUUUCUAACGUCAUCCUACAAGGUGAUGCCCAGUUUUCACCCAGUGGAGUCUUAACACUGACACAACGUUCACCAUUUCCUCCAGGUGAAUAUUUUGCAUCUACAGGUCGUGCCCUAACUACCACUCCCAUACCGCUUUGGGACAACGCUACGGGCGAAGUGGCGAGUUUCGUCACUUCCUUUACGUUCGACAUAGAGACGACGAGAGAUUCUCCAACUAAUGGAUUGAUCUUUUUUAUUGCACCAGUAGAUAGUGUGAUUCCCAACAACUCAAACGGUCCAUAUCUGGGAGUCGUUGAUAGUAAAACUUCAAUAAAUCAAUUUGUUGGUGUAGAGUUUGAUCUUUACUCCUAUUCUUGGGAUCCUGAAACGAGACAUAUUGGAAUCGACGUCAACUCUUUAAUUUCGACCAAGACCGUGAGAUACAACUGGGAGAAUGGUUCAUUCACAAGAGUAAGUAUAAUCUAUGACUCUCCUUCUAACGCAUUGACUGCUAUUGUCUUUUAUGAGAAUAAUCAAUUUUCCACCAUUGCUCAAGUCAUUGAUUUGAAAACUGUGCUCCCGAACACGGUUAGAGUUGGUCUAUCUGCUACUUCGGUAACUGAUGUAUCCUUCAACAUCCAUUCAUGGUCAUUCACAUCAGACUUGGAAAGAAAUACUCCAAGCUAUGUCUAAUAUUACUAGCAGCUUGUAAUAAAUAUAUAACUACUAUUUUAAAUAAUGAUCUUGCUUAUAUAUUACUAGCAGCUUGUGUAAUAAAUAACUACUAUUUUUAAAUAAAGAAUAUGCUUCAACCUGUUUGGUAGAAGCUUGUAAUAAA